UCACUGCGUAAAACGAAACGUCGUGUUUAUUUACGUUCACAAGUCAAUCGCACGCAAUCACAAUCACAAAUUCACAAUAGUCAUUACAUACAAAAGUUAAAAUUUUCAGUGUGAUGAUCUUGAUAAAGUUAUGAAAAUGUUGUGGUAUCUGCCAUGGUCUGAGAGCAUCAAGAAGAGGGCCUGCAGGUAUCUUCUACAACGCUACCUUGGUAAUUUCCUCGAACAGAAGCUAACACUCGAUCAGCUGAGUGUUGAUCUCUACAAUGGAACAGGCACGGUCUGCGACGUUAGCCUUGACUGCGAAGCCCUAAAUGAACUUGGAGAUUCACAAAACUGGCCACUAGAAAUAAUUGAUGGUCAUAUGCAAAAGAUCACAGUUACAAUACCAUGGUCUACCUUGUUGAAAGAUGACUCUAUUGUGGAGGUCAAUGGCUUGUCACUCACUGUUCAACCCAAAGUUCGGACCGAAGAAGCAUCAUCAAUGUUGGAAUCCAUGUGGUCCUCCAUGUCUUCAUCCAUGCAAUUAGCUGCAGAGUGUCUCCGCGAGGAAGAUGGACCACAAGAGACACAUCCUGUUGAGGGCAUUGAAAUGUUUGCCCAUGCCAUUGAUUCCAUUUUAAGCAGAGUGAAAGUGAAAUUUGUUGACACUAGAAUAAGACUUGAACAUGUUCCUAAAAAUGGUGAUAGAGGCAUUGCCUUAGAUAUUCGUAUACAAAACAUUGACUACUUUGAUGAGGCGGGCGAAGAGCCCACUCCGGAAGUGACGGAUCCGGAAAAACCAAAAACCUAUAUAGUAGCGACAUAUACAAAUAAAAAAAUUAAAUUUAAUGGUGUCACGUUAUAUACAGAUGAGUUCCCAUCUAAAUUGCGCACUAUGGCGCGAAGUCUCAUUAUGGAGAAGUCGACUUCAUCACAAUUAGACAAGUCUGAAUCAUCGCAAAUUGACCCAUCAGAUAUUAAUUACCAGAGCGCUAUAUCUGAUGUAUUUUACGAAACUAGAAGUGUUAUAUCAACCAUAGAGUCAGAGCCUGUCAAAGAGGUUGAUUUAGAAACGAACGCACAAACAGAAACAAAAGAAACAACACCAGAAGAGAAAUCUAAUCAGCCAGAACCUAUACUAUUUGCUAAGCUUACAGGGCAACAAGAGUUAGCACUUAAAAUUAAGCACACAGAAGAAGCAGAAGGUCCUAAAGUCGAAGUCAGAAUGUUAUUAGGAUCAUUCGUAGUAUUUAUAACGCCAAGACAAUUACAUACAUUAAUUGAGCUCAUAGAAGCUAUUAACGAACCUCAUUUAGAAGACACAAGCAACAUACCACUCCGGCCAACUGGUGUAAACGUCCAAUGUAAACCAAUGAAACGGGCCGAUUUCCAACUCAUUGAGGCUCAAUUACUAGGCAACUUAGAGAAGCAGAGCGCGAGCAAACCUUACGUUGGAAUGAGUGGAUGGUCUGGACCAAGUUACGAAGAGAGUGACACAGAGAGCGAGAGAUUCCACCCGAUGAUACCACGCGGCGAGAUGACGGAGAGCUUUAAUUCAUCAGUCAGUUCUAUGAACACCAGCAUGACAUCCAGCGUCAACAUGCCAGGGUUUCAACCACGCAUCAAGCGAAAUAAAAAAGUCCCACACAUUGACGGUGAUCCUACAGCGGAAGUAUCACACAUUAGUCUACGAAUAUCCUCUAUGUCCUGUAUUCUGUUACAUAAGGAUAUCCUAACAACUCUGCCUAUGGGGUCAGAUUGUAUAUCGCCUGCCUCCGCAUACGAGUUACAUGAGGUGUCCACAGCGUUCUUCGAACAUCUGCAGCGGUUCUCAAUAUCAGACGGAGGAACGAAAGAGUUUUGUGUGGCCAAUGAGGCUCUCGAUAACGCUACGAAAAGAAAUCAUUUGAGACUAAUAACAUCCGAGGUGACACUAGAUGGCAGUGACAAGACAACUUCACAUGGCAACCAGACUCUCUGUGAAGCAUCAAUACGGCAUCUUCUACUAAGGGAAUGCCUCUACACAUCGAACGACAAUAACAAACCACAAAGUUAUGACUUGAUACGGUUUGAUCAAAAAGAGGAUGAUGAAGAUACUGCCAAAAAAUCGUCAGCGUCUUCCAAUGCAAAUGUAAAAAUCAAUUUCAAACAAACUUCCAAAUAUAUGAGAGUCUCUGGAGAAAAGAAACUAGUUUAUCCAACGACUGAAGUGGUUGUAAAAUGUAUGCCAUGCCAUUUAGACGUAGAGCUAACAGUGAUUGAACGUAUGUCGGCGACAUUCUUCGGUGGGUCGACGGCGACCAAAGCUCCCGCUGCCACGACCUCACACAACCAGUUCAACUUCUCACUGCACUGUCCUAAUCUCAACGCCAUACUAAGGUUCCCUAUAGCAGAUCUUCGGCCGUCAGUGGACCAUGAGACGCGGCGUGUCCGAACCGACUACCUCUUGUUCAAAUUCCAGAAUGUAACAAUAGGAUCACAACAGUUACCCAGCGUCCGUCCUCUCCCUACCACCAUCACCCUCAAAACCACCAUGCUGGAUUUGUAUUAUUAUGAAAAUGACAGUUUACCAGCUACUCACAUAGCUCGUACAACAAUGAGUGAUUCCUCUGAAGGGAAUAUUUUAAGCGGCAACACUACAACCCUUUUACCGACAAUAUCCUUAACAUUCCAACCGAGCAAAACAAACAAAGGCCCAUUUGACGAUGUCGCAAGCUUCGAACCAGCAAACGUUAACCCAAUGACAACGUCCAUGUACAUAAUGCACAAUCUACACAGUACACAACCCAGUCCGUUCAGUGGCAAGAAAAUGGCGCAUCAAAGCUUUACCAAGCACGAGAGCGAUAAUACACAAGACCGUGAAGAAGAAUUAAUUGUUCCUGGCAAUGAUGAAGAAAUGGCCGAAUUCACCGCUAGCGCCAUAGAAACUUCAUCAAUACACUUGGAAUUCAAUUUGCCUGUAUUGAGCCUGCAACUUGAAUCAAAACAACUCUACGAGAUCAUUUACAACCGGAUCAAUUCAGACUUGCUGUUGUGGGAGCCGCAGCCAUUCGAUCCGUACGAAAUCAACCCGCUCAUGUGCGCCUCUAUAUAUCCUGCGUUUGGCGCCUGCAAGACCACUGGCUGUGAUUCAGAUUCCGAUAGCACAUCUUCGGAAGAAGAAAACCUCUACUAUUCGACAUAUGAUAAUAAAUUAAAAAAAGGAAUCGGUACAGCGAAGAUUGUACAUGAGAAAGACACACAUAACUUCUGUUUCUCUUUAAAAGUAGGCAGCGGAUUGCUCACUAUUUAUGCGCCCGUGCGGGACAGUAAUAAGCGUGUAGUGCCAGGUCAAAUGGGUGAGCUGGUAUUGGAAGCCCACAAGCUCAAUAUGUGCCACGUGAGCGGUCUCAACGGCCGACCGAAGACCGCGCAAAUGUGUUUACGAUCUGGGAAAAUGACAUUAUACCACGAAUCAUUUCUCACGAUACCGUCAGAGAAACCAAACCUACGGCUGUAUGGCACAUCUCUGCCAUUGCAUCUUAAAACUACCAUUUACCCGUCAGGCAAAGGUGUGGUUAUAAAAGAAAAUAUAAAAACCAAGGAUAUGUUCUCACUAGCACUUAAAGUGGAACCUGAUAUCGAAACACCUAACUUAAAGACGAUCUGCAUAGCGCUGGGCAUAGAGCAAGCGACGCUACGACACAGAGGCGAUAAGGGCACCGCGUGGCUAACGCAAUUCAUGGACGUUAUAGAUGUACUCGACUUCCCCGUCCCAGGAUACACGCCCUCCAUUGUUCUGUCCGAGCUACAUGUCCACAUUUGGGACUGCGCUGUGGACUACAGACCACUAUACCUACCAAUACGGACUGUUCUCACCCUUGGAAACUUCGCCGUAUCCAGCAAUCUGAUCGCCGAGACGAACACGUCGUGCUUGCGGUUCCUCGCCCAGGAGUGCACCUUGUUCCUAAUGCAUGUCCACGGGACGAAGCCCCAUGUGGCGGUACCGCAAGACGAUGACAAACUGCCCGACGUGACGAAGGAUUACGUUUGUGUCGUCGACGUCGGAUUGUUUGAAUUGUCCGUCAGGAGGGAAGAUAAAAAUAAUGCUCCCAGUGAGCAGCCGCAAGUGGACCUGAGCGCAUCGAACAACAUGGUGAGCCUGUAUACGUGCUGGGACUCCGCUUCGGCGCUGUGCCGCCUGCUGACGUACGCGGCCGCCGACGGUGACUCGCAGCCGCCCUUCGAUCCCUCCUCGCGGCACACCAGCAUCUGCUCAGACCAACCGUUGGAACAGUUAGUUGGUUUAGACGAUCGUCCUAUAGAAGAAAUAAGAGAACUAUCACCCAAUGAAAUUCAGCAAGUCAAUGAUUUGAUGGCCGAAGCAAUGAAGGAAAGCCCAAAUACGACACUCGAGGAAGAAGACCUCAAUAGUUCUACAGAAAAAGAAGGUGUCGAGAUAUUCUUUUUCCCCGACGAAUCGAAUAUGCGGCAGAGGCAAACGGAUCUUAUAGAUGUAGAUACCGAAUCUAAGUCAUUAGAGUACGAGGACUUCCAUAGUGGAACACAAGAAAACCAAGAUUUGAAGCCAACAAACGUGCAAGUGGCGCAGGAACUUGGCGAUCCUACCUCCACACCUAAGGCCACACCAAGAAAGCCAAAACGGAAGAAGAUGGACUCGGGCGGCGAUGGCAGCAACACAGACGACGAGUACUGCAUAGUGGAAGCGCAGGCGACCGAGGAUGACGACCUCGCGGAGCCCGAGGUGCGCUGGUUCGGAAGCGGGCCCCCGCCCAUGAUCGACAACCACUUCUCAGUGCCCGCCGCGAGAACUGAUGUGCUCCAAGCACCCAAGAGCUUCCCUACACCGGUUUAUAGGUACAGUUUAUGCGAAAUGAGCAUAACAUGGCAUAUGUAUGGCGGAAACGACUUUAGAUCGGCCAACGAACCCUCAUCUAGCAAGAAGACCGUUACUAUAGAUGUGGAUCCUCGCAAACAAUCGCCUUUAGCAGUCAAACGCAACAAAGAGUACGAGCCAUACGAGAGUCCACGGUCGGUGAACAUUAGUACAGCUGGUGUGAGCUGGACCGCGGGCUCCGAGCGUGUUCGCACGAAUGUUCGCGCGGCACGACCGAACAGAGCCGAGCUCAGGACGCGGGGUGGGCCCGGCAGGGAUCAUUGUACUUGUGUUAAAUUAUGUCUCACAAAGGUGAAAUUCCAAUACGACAUAUACCCAACGGGAGGCGUCCACGCAUCUCGGCAAACAUUGGCCAUCAGCAAAAUAGAAAUCCUGGACCGGCUCGAGUGCAGCAACAUUAACAAAUUACUCAGUCAAUACAAACUGAAAGACGAACCUGAAAGGAAGAAUGCUCAUAUGUUAAUAGUAAAAGCAGUACACCUACGGCAGGAGCCGGCUCUGUCUGCUCAAGAGUGCUGCCUGAAGGUGUCACUGUUGCCGCUCAGAUUUAAUCUUGACCAAGACACACUCGCUUUUUUGGUUGGAUACUUCUCCAAACUAGGCACCGACGAAACGGGCAUAGACGAAGAGAGCGCUAGCGUCCUGUCGUGUGGGUCGACGGCAGCGGAUAGUUCGCGGCAGACGACGCCUACGCACCGGCCGCCCGUUAUGAGCAUCGCCAGCCACCUGCGUGACCCGCCACCCACGCCCACCUCGCUUGGCGAUGCGGACUCGCUCUCGCUCAACGACGCCGUGAUACGCAACGAGGAGCCGCUAAUGGAGACGUAUGAAGCAGAGCGGCUUGUUUCUGAGAACCUGAUUCAACUGGAAGAAGAUUUCAAUCGACUUGGUGUCAGUCAAGAGAAGCCUGUACCCAAGCUACCAGUUGAUGCAGAACCAGUAGAUGACUCGCCGAUCUACUUCAGACGUGUAGUGUUCUCACCUGAAGUGCCAGUGCGUUUGGAUUACGUGGGCAAGCGAGUAGACCUGUCAGCGGGACCGGUUGCCGGCCUUCUGUUGGGGCUCGGCCAACUCAACUGCUCGGAACUCACACUUAAAAGGCUUGACUACAGAUUGGGACUGCUGGGCCUGGAGAAGUUGGUCCAAUGGGCAUUACAUGAAUGGUUGACGGAUAUCAAGGCGCACCAGCUGCCUGGCCUACUAAGCGGCAUCGGACCCAUGCACUCGCUGCUUCAACUACUGACGGGCAUCCGCGACCUGGUGUGGCUGCCGGUGGAGCAGUGGCGGCGCGACGGGCGGCUGGUGCACGGGCUGCGGCGCGGCGCCGCCUCCUUCACCGCGCGCACCGCCGUCGCCGCGCUCGACAUCACCACGCGCCUGCUGCACCUCAUACAGGCGACGGCGGAGACGGCUUUCGACAUGUUGACACCAAGCCCGACGCUGCAACUGCAGGACGCGUACAACCGCCGCCAGCGGCGCCGCCGACGACAUCAGGAUCCUUCGCGGCACCCCGCCGACAUACGGGAGGGCGUCGCCACCGCCUACCAGACUGUCAAGGAGGGGUUCGCGGAGACGGCGGCGACGAUGGCGCUGGCGGCGCGCAGCUCGAGCGGCGCGGGCGUGCUGCGCCACCUGCCGGGCUGCGCCGUGGCGCCGCUGGCGCUCGCGGCGGCCGGCGCGGCCGACGUGCUCGGCGGCGUGCGCGCGCACCUCGCGCCGCACCAACGCCGCGACCUCGCCGACAAGUGGCGCCCCCACGCACGCCACCCGCACCACGACCACCACGACCACCACGCGCCCGCCGCCGACCGCGAAGAUGGAACCGACUAAACUGGAUGCUUCCAUCGUUUAUGUGAUGAUCUCUCGCUCAUCUAUUUACUAUACUGGUGAAGGUUCUGAAUAUUCAUUUAUAUUGUGGAUAAAAUACAAUAGUUUUAUAUUCAAAAUGCUUGAACCUUGUAAUGUUAGCGUGAACAAAAAUGAACCUUAAUUCUUUUAUAAUAAACCUCAUAGAGGAGGUAUCAUUUAUCAGUGAGAAGUGUAUGUAAUCCACGUCGAUAGUUACGAAUUUAAAAAAAAAAAUCCCCUUUUUGUUUACGUGUGAUGUAAGGCACUCUUGGAAAGGGCAGCUAAAUAUCACAUUGGAUUUUAUUGAAAUUUUAUUAAAAAAAAAAAGUUUAACGCCACUUGUAAUAGUGGUUUUAUGUGAUGUGUAGUUUUAUAGAUGCUAAGUUACAAACAACAUGUCUUUUUACGAGUUUAUUUUUAAUUGGAAAUACAUAAAAAAAUUACGUCUAAUAUUAAAAUAAAAUAUGUAACACUUUUAUUUACAUUAUGUAAUAUGGAGGUGUUUUAUGAUCAACUACCGGUAUAAACAUGUGUGUUUGUAACUAAUUUUAAUAGUGAUAUAAUGUUAUAGUAUAAAAAAUAUUUUACGAUUAGUGUGUUGACUAUAGUGUUUUUUUUUAUUUUUUAUUAUUAUUUGCUUUGAACGUUAGUUGUGCUCAUGAUAAUAAUAGACGAGAUUCUGACCGACAUUUUUCUAUACCAGUCUCAGAAGUUAAAAUGUCAAUUUGAUACAACAGCGAAAUCUUGAUUGCAAGAACUAAUAUGAACUAAUUUUCUUAUAGAUUUAUACCAAAAUUAUUUUAAUUUUUGUUCAUAAUGUUUUAUACAUUAAUUUCGCGAAAUUAUUAAAUUGAAAUAUUAGAUUAAGAGAUAGAUUGAUACUAUGACAACGCAUUACCAUAUUCUGCGUACUUGCACACACAAAUUACAUACUAUAAAAUAUGUAUAUGCAACAACGCUUUCCUAUAUAUAAUGGAAGUUUUAUAUUAACAUUAUACACCUCCUUACAAAAUGUAUGCCCCAAUAUUAUUUACGUAUUAUAUUUUUUACCUGCACUUCACCAAGAGGAGACCACUCGUUCCUUCUUGAAAAAAUGUAUUCUUAAUAAUUUUAUUUAAACCAUUUGAAGCUUGCGUGAUUAUAAUUAACGGACGUCGUUUUAUAAAUUUUUGUUGCUCCAUAUAUUGUCCAUUUGUCAGCAAAUGAAUAUAUUAUGCUUAUUAAUAAGGGGCUAAGUUAUGCGCUCAACAGAUCACAACUCACGUUCCAAGCAAGAGGUACUGAGAACGAUUUUGGGGCGUCAUUUCUCUAAACUUAUUUCUAAAAUUAAAAUUUCAUUUUAAUAGUACAGUGAAAUCCUUAUUCUAAAGACCAAUAUGAACUAAAUUUUUAAUAGAUUUCAGUAAAAAUUAUUAUAAAUUUAGUUUAUGAUGGCUCACAAAAGAGUAAUUUUGCGAAAUUAUCAAAUAAAAAUAUUAGAAGUUUAAAGAAAUGACGCCUAAGAAUCUGCCCUACUGUCAUUGUAUAAUAAAUCUAUAAGUUUAAAAAUUCUUUUGUUAAGAAUGUAAUUAUUGCGAUCUCCUGUAGAAUUGGAUUUUACAAUCAUAAUUGAAGGAAGCAAGAUUAGUAAGAAUAUAUGGCUUUUGGCCUCGUUUCUCUUUGGCUAACUCAUAAAGUAUCUGACUUUGGUAUAUAGAGUUUGGGAUCAAUUUUUCUGAACUUAUUUCUAUAAAUAAUAUUUCAAUUAGAUAUUAUAGUGAAGUAUUUAUCUUAUGAACCAAUAUAAAUUAAAUAAAUUCCAAAUAAAUCUAAAUGAAAAUUAUUGUAAAUUUGCCCCCUUAUUCAUAAAAGCUGAAACAUUUUUUACACUGUUAUGUCACUUUCUAAUAACAUUCAAAUUGGGAAUUUAGCAUAAAAGAAAGAAACAAAACAGUUCAAUAGCUAAAGUAGGAUUCAUAAGAGGUUUAACGUUUUUAUGAAUAAGGGGGUUAAUUCAUAAUGUCCAUAAAGCAGAAAUAUCGCCUAUCAAAUUAAAAUAUUAGAUUAACAGGUAUACUUAGAGAAAUGGUGCUUUAGAAUGGAACUCAUUACUUUUUAAAUAUAUAAGUCUACAUAUAUAAUUUUAAUUUUAAGACAUGUUAAAAUGAUAUAUUUAGACUAGACUAUAGAUCUAAACUAGACAAUUUUAAUAUUUUUUUAAUAAUUUUCAAUGGUAAUUUGAUGAAUAUGAAUGAGUAUACUUUAUUUGCAUUAUACAAUAUAGGAAAUGAGCAAGGCAAUUUACAAACUCAACGAUACAAUUGUAUAAGUACAGUAAGGAGGUCUUAUUGCUGAGAGCAAUCUAAUUUGAUAUUGAAAUUACUUUUUUUAUCGAUACAUGUCAUAGAGUUUGUGGAGAUCUACCUAACUAUAUAGUAUACUGUAACGAAAAUAGUAAUAAAAAGAAAAAUCUAAAGGAGAUCGUUUUCUUCUUUCAAAUAUUUCAUUCUUAUCAAGACAAUUAAUCUAACUGAUAGAUGAACAAAAAAAUAUAAUUAAAGAUGAACGUUCGAAUUGUAUUAAGUGAUUACGUUAAUCAAUUCCUGCGUUCAAUACUGAUGACAGUAACGCCACGCAAGCUAAAAUGCUUUUCAAUACAAGACUGUGGUGCUUAAUUUAUAUGGCAGUCUGGCAUUUUAGUGCAUUUAGUGGCUUAUUAAGGCUGUAAUUACAAUGUAAAUAUUUUUAACUUUGGAACGACUUGGGUGCCAUGACAUGAUUGUAAAUUUAUUAAAAAUGUUUUUUUUUUCGUUUUUCUAUUAUACCAAAUAUUAUAUGAUUUACUUGAAGGUAGUAAGAAAACUGUGGUAGUUAUUAUAUUUUAUUCCUAUAAUAACUCAUAGAUACAAUGUAGGUUAUUUCAAUACUGUGACAUACGUUCUUAUUGCGUGAUUUUAUUCCCUUAUUUUACUAGACUAGUAAGAAACUAUUCCAUUUUAUUUUGUUUUUACUGAAACUGGAAAUGAUAAGAAAAAUUACUCCUUUUUGAUAUUUGAAAUCAAUCAACAUCUAUUAAUAAAUCGUUAAAAUACA